AUGAUUGUAAACUAUUCCUAUACCAGGAUAGUAGAUGUCACUGAGGACAAUGUGGAGGAACUUCUAAUUGCUGCAGAUCAGUUCUAUGUGUUUGGCAUCCUCAGGGCUUGCUGUGACUUUCUUGAGUCCCAGCUCUGCUUAGAAAACUGCCUUGGAAUUUGGAAGUUUGCUGACUGCUACUACUGCCCUGAGCUGAAACGCAAGGCCAUCAUCUUCAUUCUUCGCAACUUUAAGGAAAUGGUAAAAGUGUCUCAAGAGUUUUUGCAGCUCUCAACUUUUGAAUUUGGAGAAAUAAUUGAAAAGGAUGAGUUAAAUGUGAAACAAGAGGAGAUUGUUUUCAAUGCCAUUCUGCAAUGGAUUUCAUUUGACUCCCACAACAGAAAGAAAUGUCUCUCAUUGUUGCUUCCCAAGGUAAGAUUGUCAAGAAUGAAUCCUAACUAUUUCAUAGACAAUGUCAAAAAUAAUGACUAUGUGAAAGACGAUGUUGGGUGCAGGCCUGUUAUUGUAGAUGCACUCAAAUUCCUAUACGAUUUCAACAUGAGUGGACCUUCUGAUCAAGAUUUCAGUAACCCACUAACUAGGCCCAGAUUUCCAGAGGGAGUCCUCUUUGUCACUGGUGGAUAUUAUGAUUUUACUGGAAUGAAUGCCAUUGAAACAUAUAAUGCUCGUGCAGACAGAUGGGUGAAUAGCAUAAGGGAAGAAGGCCCUCUUGCAUUCCAUAGUGCUGUGUACCUAAAGGGCUAUGUGUAUAUCAUAGGUGGAUUUAAUGGUGUGGAAAAUUUGAAGAGUGUGAAAUGUUUUGACCCUGUAAAAAAGACAUGGCAACAAGUUGCCUCCAUGCAUUCAAGGCGCAGACAAGCUAGUGUGACUGUACUGAGUGACUUCAUUUAUAUCAUGGGGGGAUUUGACAGCUACAACUAUGUUCAAACAGCAGAACGGUAUGACCCCAAGACUAACCAGUGGACUUUGAUUCCUCCAAUGAAGGAACAGAGAUGUGCUGCAGCUGCCACGACUCUACAAGGAAAGAUAUACAUCUGUGGUGGAGCCAACAGGAAGGGAAACUUAUCUACAGCUGAAACAUACAAUCCGGAAACCAAUCAGUGGACCUUUAUUGCACCGAUGAGGAUAAGAAGAGAUGCUUUAGGAGUAGCUGCUUAUGGAGAACAUAUUUAUGCAGUGGGUGGUUUUGAUGGAGACAAGCAUGUUAACAGUGCAGAGAUGUAUAAUCCCCUUACCAACAUUUGGACCACCAUCAGCAACAUGAGCAGCCCUCGCAGCCACUUUGGAAUUGCUGUUGUAGACGACCUACUCUUUGUUGUUGGUGGCCUUAAUAGCAAUACUAUCUCUAUGUCCAGUGCUGAAUGUUAUGACGAGAACACCGGCGAGUGGCAUUCAAUCCACAACAUGGGUAUAGGCCGUGAUUCCUUUGGCUGUUGUGUUGUAUCAGGUUUGCCGAACUUUAGGGACUAUGCAGUACCAAGGGACAAUGAUGUUGGAUUUUCUCUCUGA